AUGAAACUCAGUAGAAUACCUGAAGAUACCAGGUCAAUGAUAAGUUCAGCAACCAGUCGGUCCACAAUUGAUGACAAGCCUGAUGAUUCCGUUGAUGUCAAGUCUUUACAAGACAAAUUAAAAUAUGCUGAAAGCAAAAUGGCUGAAUUCAGAAACCAGACCUCCUUACUAAAACAGGAACUCAAAAUGGUUCACAAGGUGCUAAGUCAGGAGGUUGGAGACAAUGUUAACAUACAGUCACUACUGAACAGCCAGAGCAACUGGAAAGGAAGGGCUCAACAAAUCAUGAUGCUACAAAAGAAGGUGGAUGAGCUAAAGGCAGAAAUUUCUACAAAAAAGCCACAGAAAGAGAAAGAGUAUGACCUUGAGGCUGAGAUGUUGGGGACAGGAAACAGUUCCGCUCGACAGAGGACGGCCAUAGAGAAGCACCGGGAACAACUCAGGAAGAUUGAGAAAGAGAGGAAGGAAUCUCAGGAAAAAGCUGCUAAUGAGUUCAAGGCAUUGGAAGAAGAUCAUGCAACUGUAAAGAAGAAGCUUGAUGCAGCCAAAACUAGAAAUAGUGUGCUAGCCAAUCAAAACAAGGGCUUAAAAGAGCAGAUGAAGACACUGCUGGAUAAAGGCCACCAUGAUGAUGAGCUUAUUCAGGCUUUAAUGAAACAACAGAGUCACCUACAGCAAUUGUUGGAGCAGACUGCCAAUCAGCAAAAGGAGACCUCUCAGAAGUCACAGAACGAAAUUAAACAAAUGUCCAUGAAAACCCAGCAGGACAGCAAUGUGGUGGAACAACUCAAGGCCAUUGUAGCUGAAAAGGAGGCCAAGGUUCACAGGCUUGAAGAUGAGAUUCAGCAACUAAAGCUCAAUCAUCUACAGAGAGCUCAGAUGGAGUCGGCAAAUAUGCUUUUCCAGCCUGCUGGACAGAGACCACCCUCCUCAGCUCAGGUGACCCAGAGGGAUUCCAGACCCGGGACAGCUGAAAAUGGGGACAUCCAGCUGGACUUCCAGUUAGAUUCACACACUCCAGCAAGUUCCAGAAUGAGUGAUAAACCUCCAAUAAUAAACAGUGCACUGGACCGGUGUCCCUCUGUCGCCAGCACAGUAGACACAGCACGUGCACCGUCCAGAAAGACAGACAACAAUACAGCAGAGGUGACCAGGAGUGGCUCUAGGAAAGGAGCUGUGCGGACACCCUCAUUUCACAUGAGUAAUACUGAUAAACAAGCCAUGGCUGAACUCCAGGCCCAAUGUCAGGAAUACAAGACAGUAUACCAGGUGGCUCAGGUGGAAAGAGACAAACUGUCUGAACUAGUCCAAGUAUUAGAAAAAAGGAAUGAAGAAGCUUCCCAAAAAUACUUAGAGUGUCAGAAUGAACUUGUCCAACAAAGACGCAAGAAUGCUCUGCUUGAAAAACAGGUUGGCAAAAGUAAAAUAGAUCCAACCGGAGCAAAGGGGGGAAGUGCUGCAGUUGGAAAGAAGAAGGUGCUUGGAAACAGGGCCAGCAGUAUGACAAACGUGUCAGUGUCGGCCAGUUUUUCUGCAGGUCUGACAAAUGAGGAGAAUGAAUUUGAAGAUUACGAGGAAAUUAAAACAAAUCUGGAGAUCCAGAGGGAUGAAAAUGAGGCUCUGAAAGCAGCUUUACAAAGUACACUUAAGGCAAAGGAAGAGGAUCUCCGAAUGUUUGGAGAAAUGAUGGAAGAGACUAAACAAGUGUUUCUACAGGCACUCAGACAAUACAAACAAAACGCACAAGGAACAUAAUACAUUUAUUAAUAAUUUGGAAUUUUAUUUAUUUAUUGACAUUAUUUAAAGACUGUUUUGACAUUGUGCUCAAGUUGUAGUAAACAAAGUAAUGUAAAUUUGUACAUGUAAUUUUUUUAUGUUUAUUACAAGUAAACAACAGGUGUCCUAAAUUGCUCACAUGUAUCAUGGUUCUUCAUUGUCUGAGAAAUAAUUUUGUAACAUGUCAGAUGCAAUCAAUUUAGGAUUAAAUUCCAUUUUUUAUUGUC